AUGGCAGUUUGCCACCGUCAGUGGGCGGGAGCCGCCGCCGCUUCCCCCGUGUUCUUCCGCUCGAGGAGAAGGAUUCUGGAAGCAGCUAGCACCCACCCAGAGCAGGGCGGGCCCAGCCCAGGGCCUGGCACGAGGCACCCUCAGCAUCUCAGCACCGAAUGGCAGGGCUGGGAGGGGCUUAGUGACCAGCCAGCCUUUCACCCUUCUCUUUGGCACAGGAGGAAGUCCAGCCUGGGUUUGAACUCAGAUCCUGGUCCCCCCACUCACAGGCUGUGUAACCUUGAGCAAGUCACUAGCCUGGCUUUGAAAGAACGGAGAGCCCAGCCGUGCCCACCUGCCGUGCCCACCUGCCGGGUGACGGAGCUCAACGAGCCUCUCUCCAAUGAAGAUCGAAACCUCCUCUCUGUGGCCUACAAGAAUGUGGUUGGCGCCAGGCGAUCUUCCUGGAGGGUCAUCAGCAGCAUCGAGCAGAAGACCAUGGCCGACGGGAACGAGAAGAAGCUGGAGAAAGUGAAAGCUUACCGGGAGAAGAUCGAGAAGGAGCUGGAAACGGUGUGCAACGACGUCCUGGCCCUGCUGGACAAGUUCCUCAUCAAGAACUGCAAUGAUUUCCAGUACGAGAGCAAGGUGUUCUACCUGAAGAUGAAAGGCGACUACUACCGCUACCUGGCAGAGGUGGCUUCCGGGGAGAAGAAAAACAGUGUGGUCGAAGCUUCCGAGGCGGCCUACAAGGAGGCCUUUGAAAUCAGCAAAGAGCACAUGCAGCCGACGCACCCCAUCCGGCUGGGCCUGGCCCUCAACUUCUCCGUGUUCUACUAUGAGAUCCAGAAUGCGCCCGAGCAGGCCUGCCUCUUAGCCAAACAAGCCUUCGAUGACGCCAUAGCUGAGCUGGACACACUAAACGAGGAUUCCUAUAAGGACUCCACGCUCAUCAUGCAGUUGCUGCGAGACAACCUCACCCUCUGGACGAGCGACCAGCAGGAUGAAGAAGCAGGAGAAGGCAACUGAAGCGCCUGCAGGUUCCCGCCCUUCCUCCACCCACCGCCCCCCUCAUCACUGAUUCUUCCUUGCCACAAUCACUAAAUACCUAGUGCUAAACCUCUCUGUAUUGGCAGCACCGCUACUCAGAUCUGCUCCCCCGCCCCCUGGGAAGCAGUUUCAGGUCCAUCUUCAUGGGCAUUGCUGGAUCGAUGGUUGCUUGGAGCCCACGGGAGCUUUCUUUUGAAUUGUGUAGACAAGUGCGUUCUGAAUGAGGCAUUUUACUAUGCCUGUUGGUAGUUGUGAAAGCGAUGGGGAAGUUUAGAAAGGAGAAUUAGCCAAAACCGGCUACAAUGAUAUUUAAAUGGUCCAUUUAAAAUGAGCUGAUAGUGUUUUGUUAAUAAGCAGUACAUCUUGUGCAUGCAAAAAAGAAUUCAUCCCUCCCACCUCUUCUUCCUUCAACUAAUGGAAAACUGUUAAGGGAAGCUGAUACAAAGAGAACACUCCCUUCUUUCCGUCAGCUUUAUAUAAACUGUUCACGUGAGGUUUCAGUAGCGCCUUGUUUUGCCUCUUUAAGUUAUGAUGUGCACAAACCUUAAAUGCAGUGCAUCUAAAGUUUUGAUACCUGUAACUUUGUUUUGGUUGCGAUUGUUUAAGAAUCAUGGAUUUAUUUUUUGUAACCCUUUGGCUAUUGUCCUUGUGUAUCCUGACAGCACCACGUGUGUCAGCCCCUGUCAAUCAAGAUGGGUAAUUAUUGAAAUGCCAGACUUCUAAAUUAAAUGUUUUGGAAUUCAGUGGGUAAAUAAAUGCUGCUUUGGGGAUAUC